AUAGAUACAUAGAGAGAGAAAAGUGGGGAGAGAGAGCCACCAACACUGGUUGAGAGAAAGAGAGAGAGAGCGCACGAGAGACAAAAAGAUCCUGGAGAGCGAGAGAGCAAUAGAACAAGUAAGAAAUAUAUAGAUAGAAAUAGCAGAAGAGAUAGAAGGGGGGAGCGAGGACUGACAGAGAGUGAGAGAGCACGUGAGAGGCACACAUCCAUCCACAUUCCCUCCCCCCUCUACUCUGGUCGAUCAAGGGAGAGAGAGAGAGAGAGAAAGAGAGCGAGAGAGGGCACACUCAGCCUCCCUCCCUCCCUCCCUCCCUCCUUCCUCGAGACCCGUCCUGCGGCACGGGCAGUUUCAGUGUUGCAGGCGUUUGGGGGGUAAAUACACCAGAAUGGAGGUUCCACGACACAGCCUGAGCAGCCCCACCAGCCCCUGCGAGGAGAUGAUGAAGAACCUGAGCCUGGACGCCAUCCAGCUUUGUGAUCGGGAAGGAAAUAAGUCCCAGGACAGUGGAAUCGCAGAGAUGGAGGAGCUUCCUGUUCCGCAGCACAUCAAAAUCAGCAACAUCACCUGCGACUCCUUCAAAAUCUGCUGGGAUAUGGACUCCAGGGUAAAGGAACGCAUCACACACUACUUCAUCGACCUCAACAAGAAAGAGAACAAGAACGCCAACAAGUUCAAACACAAGGACGUCCCCACUAAACUGGUAGCGAAGGCGGUGCCUCUGCCCAUGACAGUGAGGGGGCACUGGUUCCUGAGCCCCCGCACCGAGUACACUGUAGCAGUGCAGACUGCGUCCAAACAGGGCGACGGGGACUACGCCGUGUCUGACUGGAGCGAGAUAGUAGAGUUCUGCACGGCCGAUUACUCCACAGUCCAUCUCACGCAGCUGCUGGAGAAAGCAGAGGCGAUCGCCGGCAGAAUGCUCUACUUCUCUGUGUUUUACCGAAACCAGCACAAAGAAUACUUCGACCAUGCCAGGGAGGCCCAAAACAACAAGAUGCUGCCGUCAGUCAAGGACAACAGCGGGAGCCACGGCUCCCCCAUCAGUGGGAAGCUGGAGGGCAUUUUUUUCAGCUGCAACACCGAGUUCAACACAGGCAAGCCGCCGCAGGACUCUCCGUACGGCCGCUAUCGCUUCCAGCUGCCCGCCGAGACGCUCUUCAACCCCGGCACCAACCUGUACUUCGCAGACUUCUACUGCAUGUACACGGCCUACCACUACGUCAUCCUGGUGCUCGCGCCACACGGCUCGCCAGGAGACGAGUUCUGCAAGCAGAGGCUCCCCCUGCUGGACAUCGCUGACAACCGCUUCCUGACAUGUGUGCAGGACGAGGACGGGCGCCUGACCUUCCGGCAUGCACAGGACCUCAUCCUGGAGGUCAUCUACACAGACCCGGUGGACCUGAGCCUGGGCACAGUGGCUGAGAUCAGUGGCCACCAGCUCAUGAGCCUGUCCACAGUCAAUGCCAAGAAGGACCCCAGCUGCAAAACCUGCAACAUCAGUGUUGGCCGCUAGCCGACCUGCUUCACCUUUGUCCUCCAGCUCCCUCUGAUGUGUGGUUUGACAUAUUGCACCCCCAUUUCACUUUUUCGUUUUUUUUCCUGAGUUUUUUUUCUCUUAAGUUAUCUGUAAACUCCUUCCUGUUGGGGCCUAAAAGCUCCUCCACAGCAGUAGUUUCUAAUCCUGGUCCUGAAGUGUCCCUGUCAGGAAUAUUUUGUUCUAAUCAGAGAUGUUUUCCAAUUAGAUGUGGGGCACUUUCAAAGUCACAACUUUCCUAAUCUGAAAAACAAAAAGAACACAACCCAAAAGAGAUUUAAUCACUGUUGUAUGAAUUAUUGGGCUAUAGCCACCCAUUUCUGUGAUUAGAUUAGUAGAUUAGCACACAACAGCUGUGUGCUACUACCCUAAGGGCCAGUUUCCUAAACAGGGACAAAUUCUAGUCCUGAUGAUGAUUUUUGCAUUGAAGGGAGAAUUAAAGCCAAAUGCCAUUUCACUCCUUGGCUCUACCACUUAGCCAUACCCCUUCAUUUAGCAUGUGCUCUCCUAGGGCUACUGUGUCCUAAUUCUUGUUUAUCUAGUGGGUUAGGUGGAAUAUCAGUGAUUAAUCUUCAAACUCUUCAAAUUUCUCAAGAAUUCAGUCCAGCAGUGUUCAAAGUUCCAAAUACCCACUGUGUAUUAAAUACUAAAGUAAA